UCGGGGCGGGCACUCCGAGGCUAGAGGGAAGCAGAAGGGAUCAGGAGCGGGAGCUGAGGGGAGGGAGAGGCCGGUCCGGGUCUGGCCGCUGCCGCUGCUAACCUGAGAUCUCCAGACCCGGCUGCGGCUCGGCCCGCGGCUCCUGGGCACCAUCCGAGAGGCUCCGCCGGCCAGCGUGGGAGAGUCGCGGGCGGCGGCCGCCGCAUCAUGUCAGCCAAGGACGAGCGGGCCAGGGAGAUCCUGAGAGGCUUCAAACUCAAUUGGAUGAACCUUCGGGACGCUGAGACAGGGAAGAUUCUCUGGCAGGGAACCGAAGACCUGUCCGUCCCUGGCGUGGAGCAUGAAGCCCGUGUUCCCAAGAAAAUCCUCAAGUGCAAAGCAGUGUCUCGAGAGCUGAACUUCUCUUCAGCGGAGCAGAUGGAGAAGUUCCGCCUGGAACAAAAGGUUUACUUCAAAGGCCAGUGCCUAGAAGAGUGGUUCUUCGAGUUUGGCUUUGUGAUCCCCAACUCCACAAACACCUGGCAGUCCUUGAUAGAGGCCGCCCCCGAGUCCCAGAUGAUGCCUGCCAGCGUCCUCACCGGGAACGUUAUCAUAGAAACGAAGUUUUUUGACGACGACCUUCUCGUAAGCACAUCCAGAGUGAGACUUUUCUAUGUCUGAGCAAAGGACGCGCGUGGCUUCGGAGCGGGGCCCGUGGGAGGAGGCUGUGCCUUUUCCUCGCAUCGCCCGCCCCCCUCAGCGACCGGGACCAGCCAGCCCUGCAGGUAACCGGGUGGUUCCUCCCGGCCGACCGCCCAGGCAGCGAGGGCGUGGCCCUGCUGCUCGCUGCCACCGCCCCGUCCCCUGCCUCGGCCCCUCCACCUGAGGCUUCCUUCGGCCCUGGGUUUUGGGAAAGAUUCACGUUUCUGCCCCGUGUUUAGCUUUUUCCUACCAUUUCUAUUUCGUACAUUCUCAUACAUUUAACUUGUACAAUAGACUGUGAUAUUAUUGUUUCAUAAUGUAAUUAAAACAUGAAUUAAAGAGC